UGUCAUCUGUCAUUAUCACACCAAAGGUUCACUCACAUAGACGAGUUGAUGGUUUUAUUUUUUUAGUGAGUUGGCCGAUUCUGCGAGAUAUUUUGUUUUAAAUUAAUAUUGGUAUAAAUCACCAAAAUGUCGAAAAAGAAGGGAAAUAAGAAAAAUCAAGAUUUCGAUGAGGAUUUCGAGGAGAAAAAAACUAUUACAAGCGAUUCUCACGAGGUAACCUCUAAAAGUAAAGGAAAAGGGAAAAAGAAGGGUAAAAGCAACGCAGGCGACUGGAGUGAUAGUGAUGAAGACGUUCCGAAGAAGGUGGUAGCGUCUGAUGACGAGGACGUUCCUAAACCAGCAGCAAAGAAAUCACAAAAGAAAGCCAAGAACAAGAAGAAGGGUCAUGACUCUGAUGAUGAACAGGAUGAUACAAAAUCAACAACGAGUAGUGCCACAAAUGCUACUCCUAAACCAGCAGCCAAGGGCAGUAAAAAGAAGAAAGGCAAAGGUAAGAAAGACGACGAUUGGUCUUCUGAAGGCAGUGAUGUGGAGCUCAAAGAAGUAUCAGAAGAAGAGAUUGUGAAGCCUGUUAGUAAAAAGAAAACUAAAAAUAAAAAGAAAAAUAUAGACGCGGAAUCGUCUGAUGAAGAGGAUCAUGACCAUGAUGAUUCUAAAUCAGUAGUUAGCAAUGUUUCUAGUAAUCCAGCCAAACCAGCUUCUAAGUCAAAGAGCAAAAAAGGUAAAGGAAAGAAAGAAGACUGGCCAGAUGAAGAGAGUGAUAAGGAAUUAAAAAUGCCUUCAGAGGAGGAGGAAGAAAUUGUAAUCCCUGUAGUUAAGAGUAAAGGUAAAAAUAAAAAGAAGAACAAUAUCGAUGACAUAGAGGCAGAGUUGAAGAAGUUUGAGGUGAAAGACCCUGAGCCUGAACCAGAGGUGCCCGUCAAAUCAAAGGAUAAAUCCAAGAAAUCUAGUAAAAAGGAAGAAAUAGUUGAACCAGAAGCCUCUCCUGAUGAAGCUGCAAUGGAGACUGACGAUAAAGUACCAGAGUUACCGGAGAAGGAGAAGGAAGAGCCGGCUGAGAAGAAAAUGAGUCACAAAGAGAAGAAGAAGUUGAAGAAACAGCAAGAGUAUGAGAAGCAGAUGGAGUUGUUGACUAAGAAGGGAGGACAGGGACACAGUGAUCUAGAUGCCAACUUCACUGUUAGUCAGGCGCAGAAAACUGCUGGUCAAAUGGCAGCAUUAGAAAACGCAGUGGACAUUAAAGUAGAAAACUUUUCAAUUAGCGCUAAGGGCAAAGAUUUGUUCGUGAACGCCAACCUAUUGAUCGCUAACGGUCGGAGGUACGGUCUUGUAGGCCCUAAUGGUCAUGGAAAGACCACGUUGUUGAGGCAUCUGGCCCAACGUGCCUUCCCUCUCCCUCCUCACAUAGAUAUACUGCUGUGUGAGCAAGAGGUCACUGCUAGUGAUAUGAGUGCCGUUGAUACUCUGCUUGAGGCUGAUGUUAAGAGGACUGAAUUGCUCAAGGAAUGUAAAGAAUUGGAAGCUAUCAUAGAAAAGGGAGAUCUUAGCAAACAAGAUAGGUUAAAUGAGGUAUACGCAGAAUUGAAAGCUAUUGGCGCGGACUCUGCCGAGCCGCGCGCGCGUCGUAUCCUGGCCGGUCUCGGGUUCAGUCGGGAGAUGCAGGACCGAGCUACUAAGAACUUCUCCGGAGGUUGGCGUAUGAGAGUGUCGCUUGCUAGAGCGCUGUACAUAGAGCCAACAUUACUGAUGCUUGACGAACCUACAAACCAUUUAGAUCUGAACGCCGUCAUCUGGUUGGAUAACUACCUCCAAGGUUGGAAGAAGACACUCCUAGUAGUGUCCCACGACCAGUCUUUCUUAGACAACGUAUGUAAUGAGAUCAUCCACUUAGAUACACAGAAGUUGUACUAUUACAAGGGUAAUUACUCCAUGUUCAAGAAGAUGUACGCGCAGAAGAGAAAGGAAAUGAUCAAGGAAUAUGAGAAGCAGGAGAAGAGAUUGAAAGACUUGAAGGCGCAUGGACAGUCGAAGAAACAGGCUGAGAAGAAACAGAAGGACGCGUUGACUCGUAAACAGGAGAAGAACCGCAGUAAGGCGCAGCGCGAGGACGAGGAGAGCGCCGCGCCCACCGCGCUGCUGCAGCGGCCCAAGGAGUACAUCGUCAAGUUCUCCUUCCCCGACCCGCCGCCGCUACAGCCCCCUAUACUUGGGUUACACAAUGUGUUCUUCAAUUUCCCGGGCCAGAAGCCUCUGUUCAAAGGCGUGGACUUUGGUAUUGACUUGAACUCACGUAUCGCCAUCGUUGGCCCCAACGGAGUGGGCAAGUCCACCUUCCUCAAACUGCUAGUGGGUGAACUAAACCCCGUGCAAGGAGAACUUAUUAGGAAUCAUAGGCUGAGGAUAGGUCGCUUCGACCAGCAUUCCGGCGAACAUCUAACAGCCGAGGAGACUCCAGCCGAAUACCUUCAGAGGCUGUUCGGCCUUCAAUACGAGAAGGCUCGCAAGGCGCUCGGUACCUUCGGCCUGGCUAGUCACGCGCACACUAUCAAGAUGAUGGAUCUCAGUGGAGGACAGAAAGCCAGGGUUGCGCUGGCUGAACUGACUCUAAUGGCACCCGAUGUUGUUAUUUUGGACGAGCCUACAAACAACUUGGACAUCGAGAGUAUAGACGCGUUGGCGGACGCGAUCAACGACUAUAAGGGCGGCGUGGUCAUAGUGUCCCACGACGAGCGACUUAUCAGGGAGACCGACUGCGCGCUCUACGUCAUCGAGGACCAGACUAUCAAUGAGGUGGACGGUGACUUCGACGACUACCGUAAGGAGUUGCUGGAGAGUCUCGGCGAGACCAUCAACUCUCCGUCUAUCAUCGCGAACGCGGCGGUCCAACAGUAAUCGAAUAAACCCCAACUCGUUGUACCAUUUGUUGAAAUUAUUUUAUAUGUACUUACUUAUUAUGUUUCUUCCUUCCACUAUUAACUAUUAUAAAUGUACACAAUACAUUAUGUAUCAUUAUACAAUCAUCGUCAUAUAAGCUACUAAGUACCAAGUUCUGUCACAUAGGUCUCUCUCAAAUAACUUUAAUAUCUUACAUCCAUUUUUACCUAGUGGUAUGUAUACUAUUUGUCACCAAAAUACAUUUUUAACCGACUUCGAAAACGAGGAGGUUUUGAUUUUGGUUUAUAUGUUAUUUAGUGUCAAGAGAUUUGAAUGGUGCUAAAGGUUUUUUAUCCUGUGCACAUAGGUUGUGAAUUUGGAAUGGAUAGAGUUAGGAAGUAUGGGUGUAAGUUUCUUUCUUUGAUAAUAAAACUGUUUCUAUGUCUACAUAAUCUAAGUUUUCAUUAAAUUUCAGUGCCAUGAAUAGUUUUGACAAAUAGUACAGCGUGCGUAUUGUUGAAUAUGAUAAACUGUAUUACUGUACUCAGUACAUAAUCGAAUUCAUUAAAGUUUUAAUGUAAAACAUGCUUGUAUAAUAUGAGAUUAUUGUCUUGCAAUCUCCAAGUGCCUAUUUUUAGAGCACUCUUAUAUUCUAACACUGCCCAUUAUUACGUUUUUAAAUAAAAAUGAAUUGUUAUUUAAUAGAAAAUGUAGUAUUCUUUACAUAUUGAAAACGUAGUAUUCUUUACAUAUUCAAGUUUUGAUAUGUGGCAAUACUUAUUUUCUGUUAUAUGGCAACACAGACUUUCAAGAUGUCUUCCAAUACUUUCAGCUUAAAGUAUGGUAUCAUCUAACAAAUAUGUCCAUUUUUAAAUGUUUUGUUUGAUAUACUCACGCGUAGUUAGUAUAAUAAAUUCAGAAUAAUCUAGAACAAAUAAAAUGUCACAUGAUGUAAUCGAUUAUUAUAAUAAAACACUGCGUUUUAUUUCCAAUUGUUUGUUUCUGUCGAAUAGUAUAAUAUGUUGGGCAAUGUGUCUUUCACAAUUGAAUUUAAAUGUAACAUAUUUAAAUAAAUAUUUAUACACAUUAAUAAAUUUUGUUACAAAAUGUA